AUGCAGUCUGGACACUCAGGAUUCCUCUGGAGGGCUCCUGAUGCCCACAUGAUCAUGUGUGGCCUUGUUGUGUUUCUCUUGCUCAUCCUCCUGGCUGGUGGAGCUGAAGCUUUUUGUAUCUGUGCCUUCAACGCCCAAAGACUAAGACUGGCUAAAGUGACCAAGGAGUCAGUGAUAGACAUCUUAGUUCAAAUCCUGGUCUGCUGUGAUACCUUGGUGCUUCAGGAGGUAGUGGAUUCUUCCCAGAAUACUGUCCCCCUCCUGCUUUCCAGAUUUGACAAUUACAGGAAUUAUAGCUUCCUAAACAGCGCACUGCUGGGAUGAAGCACAUACAAGAUGUAUGUGAAUAACUACUACCUACUCCAUACUGAGGCAGGAUUCCACUGGGUGAUUCCCAGACAGGACACUACAGUGUGGGACAACACCAACUGUACCUGUGAAGGCUGCAGCUCCCUUUGA